AUGUCCGUCUUCGCAACAGGCGAGCAGAGCGUGAAGUCAGCCUACCACUGCGCGACUCUGCUCGACAACUGGGAUGAGGACCGCCGUCAGUUCGGUCAGCCGCUCCCCACCACCAGCGGCACUGGCAACUUUGACCCAAGCACAACCUACAAUGCAUCGUACAAGUCACUGACCGCCGCACAAACCGCGGAGGCGAAGCCUCCCGGCUGCUUUGCCGCCGAAGCGCCACGCAUGCUUCUCUUCCACCACGGCGACAUUGGCAACAUCGAGACCUACUGCUACGCCACGUCUGAGCUGGCGCUCACGGACCGGAAAAGGCAAGUCUACACUAAUGACGAGGUGCUUGACAUGCCCGGCGUCUCGACGCGUCGUAACAAGACGGCGGCGCUGCAGCGGUCUACGAGGGGCUUUACCGUCAGCCGCAGCGGACACGCUGGCACUUUAACAAACGGCUUCUGCGCCGAUGAGGUUUCCGCAGCGGUGCAGCGAGAGUCAGCCUACCUCCAGUCCAUGGCCAGCACUAUGCUCUCUACCCGCUACUCGGCAACGGAGGCACAGCCCUCCGCAAGUGACUCUGGCUGCGAGAAAGCCGCGACGUAUAGCGGAACGGACUACGCGCCACCGCGGCUUCUGCCAAUGGGGCGCGUUGCGGAGCGAGAGCGGUUACUCACCACCAAAAACGUCUCAAUCGACGCCACUGGGGUGUACGUAAUUGACAACUUAGAGGCCUACCCGCUGACAAGCAGCCAGUGCGUCGGCAAGAUGACCAAGUCGUGCGACAACCCAAUGCACAAGACGAACCUUCGCGUCCACUACAUGGAGGAUGACUACUAA